AUGGUGUACACUCACACUAUGGCUCAGCCUAAUCAUACUGAGUUGCUGAGUGUGGAGGACAUGGAGACUUUGCUGGACGCUACAGGGUGUUCCACAGAAAUGAAGAAACCUGUGUGCAAAUCUGACUGUCUCUCAGAACGCUACCGCACCAUCACAGGCCACUGCAACAACAGACAGAAUCCUCUUCUGGGGGCUGCUAAUACCCCAUAUGCCCGCUGGCUUCAACCAGAGUAUGAGGAUCUUCGUGGGGCACCCAGGGGCUGGAACCCCCAGCAUACCUAUCACAACUUUACACUGCCUCUAGUUCGGUCAGUGUCACAGGAGGUGUUGUAUACCCAUAAUGAGAAUAUCUCUCUGGACGAGUCACUGUCUCACCUGCUCGUCGAGUGGGGGCAGUGGAUUGACCAUGACUUCGCACUUACCCCUCAGAGCCCGAGCACUGCCUCAUUCAAAACUGGAGCUGACUGCACACGCACCUGCAGCAGAGAUACGCCGUGCUUCCCUAUCCAGAUCCCUCUCUCUGACCCUCGCACAGGCGUUCAGAGCUGUAUGCCGUUUUUCCGCUCUGCUCCGAGCUGUGUGGGCCCCUCAGCUAUGCGUCGUCACAGAGAGCAGCUGAAUGCCAUUACGGCCUUCGUAGAUGCUAGUAUGGUGUACGGGAGUUCAGACACACUCGCUCUCGCUCUCCGCAACCUGUCCUCGCCGCACGGCCUGCUUGCCCACAACCAGCUGCAUUCUGACCACGGCCUCGCCUACCUGCCUUACCUGCCCCGCACACAUACACAGCUGGACCCCUGCGGCCCACGCCAGGAGACCAGUACUGUCUCACCGUCACAAACAGCAAAGAACACAACAUCCAUGGGGAACCUGACCUUCUGCUUUCAGGCGGGUGACUCUCGGGCCAAUGAGCACUUGGGGAUGAUUGCCCUACACACACUGUUUCUAAGAGAGCAUAAUCGAAUGGCUGAGGAGCUUCACAAACUCAAUCCCCACUGGAGCCCUGACACGCUGUACCAAGAGACCAGGAAAAUCCUUGGAGCUGUCCAUCAGGUCCUGACGUGGGAUCAGUACCUGCCACGUGUUCUGGGGCAGAAAGCACACUCUGAGCUCAUGUCCCCCUAUAAUGGCUAUGACCCUGAAGUUGACCCCAGCAUCACCAACAGUUUCUCAACCGCGGCCUUCCGCUUUGCCCAUGUAACAGUGCAUCCAGUAGUGAACCGACUCGGACCUGAUUAUCAGCUCCACCCUGAACAUCCACCACUGCCUUUGCACCGAUCACUGUUCGCAUCCUGGAGAGUGGUGGAAGAGGGUGGUAUAGAUCCAGUUCUGCGAGGGUUGUUGUUGUCUCCAGCAAAGCUGCAAGCUCCACAGAAGAUGAUGGUGGAGGAGUUGACCGAGAGGCUGUUCCAGGCUCAGGGGGGCCUGCCGCUGGACCUGGGGGCUUUAAACCUACAGAGAGGACGAGACCACGGCUUGCCUGGUUACAGUGCAUGGCGCCAGUUUUGCGGCCUCUCAGUCCCGGCAAAUGAGUCAGAGUUAAUAGAAAUUCUAGGUAAUGUAGGCUUGGUGCGUAAGCUGCUAGGACUGUAUGGCACAGCCCAGAACAUUGAUUUGUGGGUGGGGUCCAUCUCAGAGCCAGCACUGCCAGGUGGGAGAGUGGGGCCUCUGCUAGCCUGCCUGCUGGCCAAACAGUUCAGAGCACUCAGAGAUGGAGACAGGUUCUGGUGGGAGCGAGAGGGUGUUUUCAGUUCUGCUCAGAGACACUCACUGCGCACUGCGUCUCUCUCUCGCAUCAUCUGUGACAACACAAACAUUCGCCUGGUGCCCUCAGACGCUUUCACUCGUACACUGCAUCCUGACCAGCUUCUGCCUUGCACACACACAAACAUCACACACUUCAACCUCUCUGCCUGGAAGGAGCCAGACACUGACCCUGUGUGUGGCUCCAUCCCUCGUCUGAAGGUGGGUUUCUCUGUACUGUGUGAUUCUGCAGUGCUGUACCAGUGUCCCUCUGGCUAUGUGCUUCAUGGGGCUACACACAUCACCUGUGACCCCAACACACACUUAUGGACUCCACAACCACCCACCUGUCAAGAUAUAGACGAAUGUUUCAGACAGCCUUCCGUCUGCCCUCCAAACCUGCAGUGUAUCAACACACCAGGCUCCUUUAUCUGCUCAGAGUUUGCAUCUGCUCCUCUUUCUGCCUCCUCCGUUGUUGCUGCAGUUAUGGCAGUGCUGGCAGGAGUGGGCAUUAUGGCCCUAAUCAUGAUCUGCUACAGAAGGUUUUUCCUCAGAGAGGCAGAGCCAGUUACCAGAGCAUGCUGUGAGAGGAAACACUGAAAUGGUCAAUGUUUACAUGAGUGUAUUCAACUUUUUAUAUUUAUUUAUUAACUAGCUAAAUGUCUCCUCUGUAGAGAACAUGACUUAAAUGUAUUGUAUAUUGUCUUAAUACACAUGUACAGAUACUCACGUGCUUAUCUGACGCUUAUGCUGCUGUUUUUUGUUAAAUCACCUAUAUAUGAGUCACAUUAAGAACAGAAGCUGCGUCUAGGUCACACUGCUCCAGGAAGAUUUCCUUUAGCCAAGAUCAUCUCUCCUUAACACAGCGAAACUGGUCUCAGCUUAAUAUUCUACUACAAUCACAAAUACAGUAUUUUUGUCAGUGUACAGACUGGCUUGUUGUACAAAAUGUGUGUGUGUGUGUGUUGUGUGUGUCUUUAAGAGCUGACUCAUGUAAACAUGCUUUUCAUGUUUUCUUUGCCGUGGCUCUCUGUGAAACCUGUUCUGCGGCUUACAGUGAGACGUGGCAGGUUCAUUUUCUUUGCAAUGGUAGUUUUCUGUUGACCCAAGUAGGAGGCAUAUUAGGUUUGAUUUUUUAGGCAUUCCCAUUUGAAGAAUAAGGGAUGUUUCAAAUGCAAAUCUUUUUCAUCCAGUAAGCCAGACAAGAAGAGUUGUGAUAUUAACUGAGAUGCACAUUUUUCCUUGUGAUUAGUGAGUGUGUCACAUAUGAUCAACUAGAGUUGCUCAAUAGA